GCCAUUUGCGGGUUAGCCGCAUCGUGAAGAGCGGGGAAGACGCUCAGCUCUACCUUCCUUCUCUAUUAUGCUGAAUCUGAGAGAGGAAGGGAAAGGCGGGAGCAAGCGGGAUCCGUAGCAGAGCAGCAAAUGCCCCCUUUGCCUGCCUGCCUGGUGCAUUUCCUUGGGGUGGAGGCGCUCGUGGUCGAGCGUGAGGAGGGGGCAAAUCCUGCUCACCUUCCUGCUUCUACCCGGAGCUCGAGGGAGCCUCCUUCACCCUGAAGAAGGAGCUGAAGCCUCAAAGCCCCUUUACUGGAGAAGAUCCACAAGGUGGAAUUUCCAAGGAGGUCACAAACCUCCAUCACUUGGAAGGGACUCUGUCGGAGGCUGCUUUAGAGCAGAUUAAAGAUGGAAAAGGAGGACAUGGCUUGCUAUAAAGCAGGAAAAGGCCCUGAGGCCAACCAGGUUGAGAGCACUGGGGAAUUUUUGGAAAGGACGGGGCAGCAGAUCCAGGAAAAGGACACCAGCAGCUCAGAUGCACGGUGCCAGUGCUUCAGGCAGUUCUGCUACCAGGAGACCGAAGGGCCCCGAGAGGUUUGCAGCCAACUCCACCACCUUUGCUGUCAGUGGCUGGAUCCAGAGAGACACACGAAAGCUCAGAUGCUGGACCUGGUGAUCCUGGAGCAGUUCCUGACUGUCCUGCCCCCGGAGAUGGAGAGCUGGGUCAGAGAAUGCGGAGCAGAGACCAGUUCCCAGGCGGUGACCCUGGCAGAAGGUUUCCUCCUGAGCCAGGCAGAGGAGAAGCAGCAGGAAGAGCAGCAGACGCAAGGACUGUUGUCAGAAACUGUCCCCGGUUUCCACGAGGCAGAGAGGGCUCCACCGGACGCUGGGCAGAGGCUGUUGUCCAAGGGGAUCUCACAGGAGGGGGGCAGAGGUGCCACCUUGCUGGGUGCUGGCGUGACACUGCCUCUGCAUUCUCAGCCAUCUCUUCCUUUGGGUGGAGUGGAAGGUGCUUCAGGACGACCAGACCAGGGCCGGGUGACCUUUGAGGACGUGGCUGUGCAUUUCACAGAGGAGGAGUGGGCUCUGCUGGAUUGUGGCCAAAAGACUCUGCACAGGGAAGUCAUGGAAGAGAAUGGCUGGAAUGUGGCCUCUCUGGGUGACUGUUGGGGGAAGAAGAAGGAGGAAAAACCCAGCAGAGGAUAUUGGGGAGCUGCCAGAUGGAAAAAGAGGGAGGAAGAGAGAAAGGGAACUGAAGCACAAUGGAAGAACAAGAUUGGACCAUCUGCUUCUCACCAUGGUGAUGUCCAUAAAAAUGGAAUGCAAAAAACCAUGCAGAAAGAAAGACAGAGAAGCUUGCAGCCCCCGAGUAGUAAAAGCUACAGUUCUGAACCAGGCUUUAAAUGUCAGGGGGAAAUGCACACGGAAAAGAAAUCAUAUAAAUGCUUGGAGUGUGGAAAGAGCUUCAGGUGGCAGGGAAGUCUUAUUGUGCAUCAAAGAAGCCACACAGGAGAGAAACCAUAUCAAUGCCUGGAGUGUGGAAAAAGCUUCAGUGAGAAUAGAAAGCUUACUAGGCAUCAAAGAACCCACACAGGAGAGAAACCAUAUAAAUGCUUGGAGUGUGGAAAGAGCUUCAGAGAUAAGGGAAUGCUUACUAUGCAUCAAAGAAUGCACACAGGAGAGAAACCAUAUACAUGCCUUGAGUGUGGAAAGAGCUUCAGGCAGAAGGGAAAACUUACUGUGCAUCAAAGAACCCACACAGGAGAGAAACCAUAUAAAUGCUUGGUGUGUGGAAGGAGCUUCAGCAAUAAGGGAAUGCUUACUAGGCAUCAAACAAUCCACACAGGAGAGAAACCAUAUACAUGCCUGGAGUGUGGAAAGAGCUUCAGGCGGAAGGGAAGUCUAAUUGUGCAUCUAAGAAGCCACACAGGAGAGAAACCAUAUAAAUGCUUGGAGUGUGGAAAGAGCUUCAGGCGGAAGGGAAGUCUUAUUGUGCAUCAAAGAACCCACACAGGAGAGAAACCAUAUAAAUGCCUGGAUUGUGGAAAGAGCUUCAGCCAUAAUGGAAUGCUUACUAGACAUCAAAGAACACACACAGGAAAAAAACCAUAUAAAUGUUUGGUGUGUAGAAAGAGCUUCGGGCAGAAGGGAAAUCUUACUGUGCACCAGAGAAACCAUACAGGAGAGAAACCAUAUACAUGCUUAGUGUGUGGAAAGAGCUUCAGGCAGAAGGGAAUGCUUACAAGGCAUCAAAGAAUCCACACAGGAGAGAAACCAUAUAAAUGUUUGGAGUGUGGAAAGCCUUUCACGCGGAAGGGAAAUCUUAUUGUGCAUCAGAGAACCCAUAUAAAUGCUUGGAGUGUGGAAAGAGCUUCAGCAAGAAUGGAACACUUAGGGAAUGCUUACUCGGUAUCAAAGAACCCACACUGAGGUGAAACCAUAUAAAUGCAUUGAGUGUGGAAAGAAUGUAUGUCAGAAGAAAAGCCUCACUUCACUUCAAAGAAACCCACACUGAGGUGAAACCAUAUAAAUGUACUUUAUAAAUAAAAUGUAUAAUUUUAUAUUGGUGAAUCCUAUUUGGCCCAAUUAUAUAUAAAAAUGCUGUUCUCCUCCUUUCCCCUGCUAAUAUUAGUUGUCAACCCUGGAAAAAGUUUUUGUUUUUAUGUUUUGUAUUGUCUGUCUUUCUAUCUACUUAAUCAAUCAUUAAUUCAUUCAAUUUAUUCAUUACCUCCCGCCCCCGUUACCUUUCCUCCCUCUCUCUUUUUCUUUAAGUUAAUCCACAAAUAUCUCUCUCUCAUCCCCAUAUCCCCCUCCUAGCAGUUGCCUCAACAACACAACUACUGUAUUGAAAAAUAUGAGAGGGCAAUAUACUUGAUCUGGAUAGUAUAUCAUAAAGAGGAGGGGAAAUUACUCAACUAUAUGCAGUAGGUUAGUAAAAGGCUCUUUGGGGAACUUCACAGAAAUAGUCUUUUGAAUAAUUAUUUGAAAUCAAGGAAGGAAAGAAGGAAAUAGCUAUACACACUCCUAUACUCCUACUGUAUGCAUAUCACCAUUGAUACUUCUCAGUACUAUGCAUUAUUUACAUGUUGUAUGAUAAAAUGGACAACAAUCUAAGUUGCAACACUCUAGAAAUUUGGUCUGUAGUAAAAAUGGAGCCACCAAGGUAGACAAAGGGUAAAUUAACCUUUGUAGAAAACCUGGGAUGAAAAGAUGCUCUUGGUUUUCCUCAGAAAGAAAGGUGAAAUGAGAUCUCGCCACCAAUCUUGUUCAUGUUUAAAUUGUUGAUUGGUCUGUUUGACUGGGAAUGGCGGGGAGGGAUUAGUUAAUAAGUAUCAGCUGGCUUGACAUUCACAUACAAGAAAUUACACAAGCCAUCCCUGAAUGGGAUAAUGAAUACAUUUAUGAUAAUGCACAAUGGUGGACGCUUCAAAAAUUCUCUCUGUUACAUUUACUCUUGGUGAAAGUGAAUGUUCAUUUGCAGAACCCAGCUGACUCUACUUUUAAUGUUCAAAACUGGUUAUUUAAUUGAACAAUGCAGGGGGAAUUGAUAUUAUAAACAUGUGUCAUUUUAUUUAUAAUAUACACUGUACAGUGUAUAUUGUCCACUGUACACUGUCUAUAAUAUAAACUGUACAGUGUAUAAUACAGUGUAUUAUAAUAUACAUUGUCACUGUAUUUUGAAGGGAAAAACUGUAAUAAAGUUUUAGUUGUUUGUUUGUUUUUUAAUUAAACAUUGCAUCUUGCUGACAGGAA